AUGAUUUCAAUUUCAAAAUGGUGUCUCGUCCUCUCCAAACAGGGCAAAACCCUAAUCAAUGGCACGAAUCCCAUUUCAUUCCCAUCUUCCCCUAAAAACACUAGCCCUCAACCCCAAAUCCUCUCCCUUGACGUAAAAAUGUCUUCUUGGGCCUGCUCCACGUGCACCUACCUUAACCCGCCCGACCAGAAGACCCGCUGCGAAAUCUGCCAAUCGGCGCAACCGCAGUCUCACCCAUCGCCGUCGUCAUCGCCGUCAAAACCCCAGUGGUCGUGCUCGUCCUGUACUUUCCUAAACCCCUACCGUAGCGCGAGCUGCGAGAUAUGCGGGACCAGGGAAUCCGCUUCUCUGAUUUCCACUCUCGAAGUCGGCGACGAUGAGUUGGAAUUGGGUUCUUCAGUGGGCAGCGUCUUUUUGCCCUUGCGAAAUUUCAGCAGUAACAGCGGCGGUGCUGGUUUUUACGGCGGGUUAAAGGGUUCUGUCCCGCCUUUGAGGCGAGGGAAUUGCGGCGGCGGUUUAGUGAAUGGGGGGAAGAAAGAUGUGGGUGAUGGCAGUGGUGAGGGACGUGUUUUGGGAGUUAGUGGUGAGGGAUUUUCUUUAAAACGUUGCAGUAAGAGGAAAGAGAUGGAGGAAGAAGAUGCUGGUAUCGAAGUGGGUCGGGUUGGUGAUGUUAUCGGGGUUUCUAGUGGGUUUAGGGCUCCGAAGGCUGCUGAUAAGGCUGUUGAAGUUUAUUCGUCAGGUGAAACUCAUAAGUCCUCAGGUCCUAAGACAUGGAAGAUUCUGAGUUACAAUAUUUGGUUCCGUGAAGAUCUCGAAAUGCGAGAGAGGAUGAGAGCACUCGGCUACCUAAUUGAACUGCACUCACCUGAUGUCAUAUGCUUUCAGGAGGUCACCCCGAGUUUCUUUAGGAUUUUCCAGCAAUCAAAAUGGUGGAAUAACUACCAAUGUUCAAUUCCAGAUGAAAUGUCAUUUCCAGGAGGAUACUUCUGCAUGCAGUUAUGCAGAUUGCCUGUCAAAUCCUUUACCUCACAACCCUUUCACAAUUCCAUCAUGGGCCGAGAACUCUGUGUGUCCAAUGUCGAAUUUCAGCCCGGCAAAAUAGUAACUGUCGCCACAAGCCAUCUAGAAAGUCCCUGUCCGGGCCCACCCACAUGGGACCAAAUGUUCAGCAAAGAACGCGUGGCCCAGGCCAAAGAGGCCGUGACAUCACUCAAUAAGUAUAGAAAUGCAAUCUUUUGUGGGGACAUGAAUUGGGACGACAAGUUGGAUGGCCCAUUUCCCUUGCCUGAUGGAUGGGCUGAUGUGUGGGCCCAACUGAGGCCCGGAGAGAACGGGUGGACUUAUGACACGAAAUCUAACAAGAUGCUGAGUGGGAACAGAGCCCUACAGAAGAGACUGGAUAGGUUUGUAUGCAAGCUGAAUGACUUUAAGGUGAGUAAAAUCGAGAUGAUUGGGACAGAUGAGAUCCCGGGCCUGUCGUAUGUGAAGGAAAAGAAGGUGAAAGGGCAGGUUGUGGAAUUAGUGCUCCCGGUUUUGCCGAGCGAUCAUUAUGGGCUGCUUUUGACAAUUUCUCCCCAAGCCCUAAUUCAGCCCACAUAUGAAGCCCUGCAACGCCACCUUUUUCAUCCUCCGUCGACUCAAACAGACACCGCCCAGACAGCUUCAGUCUUCCCCUGCCUCCCGCAGGCACGCACGAACGUCGAUAUCGUCUACAUCUCCGCAAAGAUGGCGGACGUCGUGCAAUUCAGGCUCGAGCACAUGCUCGACGAGUUCGACGACCUAGAGCGGCGCGGCCUGUUCAGCAGCCGCGAGAUUGCCGAGAUUGUCAAACGGCGCCGCAAGUUCGAGUUCCGCCUCAAGCGGCCGAGCCCUCUCAAGAAGGAUUUCUUAGCCUACAUCGACUACGAGAAGCAGCUCGACACCCUCCGCCGCCUCCGCGAAAAAUCCCUCCUUCGGAAGACCGGCGCCGAAAAAUCUGAGGAAACGAUAUCCGAUCACGCCGGCGUCGCCAGGAUCCUCAACAUUUAUCGGCUCGCCGCCACCCGGUUCAAAGGAGAUCUCAAGCUCUGGUUUCAGUACUUGGAAUUUUGCAGAGAGCGGCGUCACGGUAGGAUGAGAAAGAUCUUGGCCGAAUUUCUAAGAUAUCAUUCAAAAGAGCCGGCUGCGUGGAUUUGUUCUGCUGCUUGGAAUUUCGAUACCAAUCUCAAUGUUGAAGCUGCCCGCAAAACCAUGCUCAAAGGUAUGAGAGCUUGCCCGAAUUCUGAGGACCUAUAUAUAGAAUAUAUUCGGAUGGAACUAACGUUCCUCAACAAGCUAAUAGCGCGAAAGGCCCUCUUGGGCGAGCAUGUGGGAGACCAAUCUAUUGGUCACAAGAGUGCCGUUGAGGAACAGUGGAAAAACGAGAACAAGGAAUUGUUUAUGGCCCUUGAUGAGGGUAAAGAUGGUGAUAAAAGAGAUAGUACCCAAGAUGGGAAAGCUAAAGGGGAAGUGGACUUGUUGCAGAAAAUAUUCAAAUUAGUUCAGACUACUUAUAGUCAUGCAAUUGAAGCCCUGCCCGCUGCAUUCGGUCUCAGAACACGAUUUCUUGAUAUAGUGGAAGCACUAAGUUUGGCUCAUUUAGAAGAUAUGCGACCACAGAUACUUAGUGACCUGAGAAGGGAUUUUUCGAAGGAGCCUUUCUAUUGGGACUGGCUUGCGAGGUAUGAAGCAGGAGAUCUCGAACGACCAGAUCAAAAGCGGUUGGGAAAAGCAGUUCGGAUUUAUGAGGAAGCAUUGGAAUUUGUACCAUCAGUUUCCAUGGUUGAGCUCUACGUGAAGUUUCUCAUGGAUGCAGUCGAUGAUGGAAAUAGGGCUUGCGAAGCUGACGUUUAUUUUGGCUCUGACACUGACACUGAUGCUAUAGACAUUGGUCUCCAUCUUCAGACAGUAUACGAGAAGGCUGAGGAGAUGGGAUUUCUCACUGAAGAUCUUGCUUGCCUUCAUGUUUCAUUCCUUUUGCGCGUGGGAAAACUAAAUGAGGCCAAGAUGGCAACUGAAAAGCUCUGCUCUGGAAGAUUCAUGGAUUCACUGCAGUUGUGGACAUUACGGCUAUCCAUAGAGAUGAACGGCACUCUUGGUGAAUCUCCUUAUCGAACCAAGGGUGACCUAAAAUACAUCUUUGAGCUUCUGAGAAAUGUUCUAAUGAAAGUUCGUGUUUCGAAAGCUGAAAACUUGUGGGUUAUGGGGCUGUAUUACUUUGCAAAUCAAAGACACUAUUUUGACAAGCUUGUGAAGAUUUCAAUCUUGGCUCUGGCCAGGGAUGGAGGGAGUGAGAGUGGGUUUUCACUCUCGUCGACAAUUUUGAAUUACUUACUUCAGAAGGAUGGAGUUGAAAGUGCAAGAGAGAUGUACAAGCGUUUUCUAGCUUUACCUCACCCUGGACUCGCUAUAUUCAGGAAUUGCAUUGAGCUAGAAUCGAACCUUGCAUCUGCUGGGGACAAGAGGGCCCUUGCAAAUGCUCGGAAACUGUACGAUUCUGCACUUGCAACUUACGAUCAAGAUGCAAGCCUGUGGCAGGAAUACCAUUCGAUGGAAGUCAAAAUGGGAAGCUCUGAAACUGCUGCGGCUGUCCAUUGGCGUGCAAUGAAGUCCCUCAAAGACACCAGUGCUCUUCGUCCCAGUAUAAUUUUGUCGUGA